GUUUAUUUAGGCGAGAGGCAACACGAUGAUCCUGAGUUGGUCUCUGAAUCACACCACAGGAUGUUGGAAUCAGUUUUCGAAAGCCCGGAAGCUGCUAGAGACUCCAUCAUCUACAACUAUCACCAUGGAUUUUCCGGGUUUGCAGCCAGGCUUACAGAGUCACAGGCUAAGAAACUUUCAGACCGUCCUGAUGUUUUCAGCGUGGCCUCAAACCAAAAGCUAGCGUUGCAUACCACUAGGGCUUAUGACUAUUUGGGCCUUUCGCCGAUUCUUCCCAAAGGACUCCUGCAUGAAAGCGACAUGGGAAGUGAACUUGUGAUCGGUUUUCUUGACUCAGGAAUAUGGCCGGAGGCUCGAGCUUUUAACGACGAAGGGCUUGGACCAAUACCAAAACACUGGAAAGGUGAGUGUGUAGCCGGAACUAGGUUUGACCCAGCAAAGCAUUGCAACAGGAAGUUAGUAGGAGCAAAGUACUUCCUUGGUGGCGUGCAUGAGAAAAAUCCAGGUGUCGAACUCAGUGGGUCUGAUUUUAUGUCAGCUAGAGCUAUAUCAAGUCACGGAACGAUAUCCUCUUCGGUAGCAGCCUCUUCGUUCGUGCCUAACGCUUCAUACAAAGGUCUGGCACCUGGACUCAUGAGAGGCGCUGCUCCAAAGGCUCGUAUAGCUAUGUACAAGGUUGGCUGGGUGAUUGAACCUUAUGGUGCUGCUAUGGCCGAUUUUGUUAAGGCAUUUGACGAAGCCAUCAAAGAUGGGGUUGAUGUAUUGUCGAUUUCCAUAGGCGGAGACGCACCUCCUUUCCGUCCACUUAACGCCGUUGAGCAAGAUCUUCACAUUGGGUCGUUCCAUGCGGUGACUAAGGGUAUUCCUGUUAUAGCUUCAGCUGGUAACGGUGGCCCUGAAGCUUACUCUAUAAGUAAUGUAGCUCCGUGGUUAUUCACAGUCGGUGCAACCAGCAUUGACCGUACUUAUUACGUAGACUUAACUUUUGGAAACAACAUGACCAUGAUGGCUCAAUCUUUGUAUAUAGGUGAGGGAUUAUUUGCUGAAUUAGUUUACGUGGAAGAUUGGGUACAUGACACGUCUGAUCUGAAGGGAAAAGUUGCCUUAACGUUUGCGAAAAAUGAUGAGGAUGUGACGGGUGUUGACGACAAGUUAGGUUGCAAAGCGGUGAUCAUUGCACGAAGUUCUGAUUAUCUAACUGACGUUUUCGUUGAUUCGUCUUCCAGCAUCGCCGUAGACUAUGAAGUCGGAACUAAGAUUCUACAAUACAUCCGCUCGUCAAGUUCGCCAACGGUUAGCAUGAGUGUUGGUAAAACGUUCGUGGGGCGUCCUAAAUCGACUACAGUUGCAGGAUUCUCAUGUAGAGGGCCUAGUGCACAAUCUCCUGCCAUUCUCAAGCCUGAUAUCGUAGCCCCUGGUGUGCUGCUUCUAGCAGCUGAUAUUAAUGACACCCUGAGAUCUGAUAAAGGUCAAUCAGAUUUCAGUAUAACUCAAGGAACAUCCGUUUCCGCUCCUCUUGUUGCCGGAAUCGUUGUACUACUCAAAGCUUUACACCCUGACUGGUCUCCUGCUGCUUUAAAAUCAGCUAUCAUGACUACAGCGUGGAAGACCGACCCAUUCGGGGAACCUAUGUUCGCGGAAGGGUUACCAAGGAAACUGCCAGAUCCAUUUGACUAUGGUGCAGGACUCGUGAACCCGGAAAGAGCCAAAGAUCCAGGGCUAGUUUACGACAUGAACCUCGACGAUUACAUCUUCUACUUUUGCGCCUCUGGUUACAAUGAUACUGCAAUCACUGUACUCACUGGGAAACCAACAAAAUGCUCGUAUCCGUUACCGUCUGUUCUUGACGUUAACUAUCCAGCCAUCACGAUUCCAGAACUUGACGGAGAAGUGACGGUCACGAGAACGGUGACUAACGUUGGACCUGUGGACUCGGUUUAUAGAGCCGUGGUCGAGGCUCCGGAAGGUGUGAAGAUUGCUGUUGAACCGGAGACUCUAGUGUUCAACUCGAGCACGAAGAAAAUUGGGUUCAAAGUUAGGGUUACGACGAGUCAUAAGAGUGACACUGGUUACUUCUUUGGUAGCUUCACUUGGACUGAUGGGACUAGAAAUGUUGUCAUUCCUUUGUCUGUUAGGACUCGUGUUUCGAUGCUUUGA